UAAUUGUGGUUCUGUUGUUGCCUGUCUUUACCUACAGGCAAAAUCGCACAGGCGCAGUACUUUUCUCGCCGCCUCGCUGCUCACUGUGUGAGCAACCAGUGGAGCAUGAAAGUUUUCGUUGAAUGCAAAUUUACCGUACCGGUUGCUGCAAGCGAAAGAAACCUUCGUUGGCCACAUCACUCCUAAAGCUACCAGAUAAUUCAUUGCGCAAAAGUGGUUUUAAAACAUAGAGCAGUAGGGAAUCCUCUAUCAAAAAGGUUUCAUAAGGAAGGAAGUCCCAAGUCCAAGAAACUGAUUAACUUAGCUACGGACACACUACGAUUCCUCAGGAUCAAACAACAGAACAUAUAGUGAGGAAAUUUUCUGAAAGUGAAACGAAAAUGUGGCUGGUCCUUCCCAUUUUUGCAUUAGAAUUACUAGAUGUAGCUGUGUCUGCCCAAAGAGCCAAAAGUUUGCCAAAUGUUAUCUGUCAAACGCAUGAGACCAUUAUCCCCGUAGAUCCAAUCAAUCAUGGCUAUUACCCGUUCUAUGUGGAACUUCAUCGCUGUGUUGGCUCCGCGAGCACAAUUUCUCCCAAAGUGCAGCAUUGCGUGGCUCAAAGAUACGAGGAAAUAAACGUUGAAGUCUAUUCGCGUGCCGAAAACUUUCGCCGGGCGACUGUCAACAUGAAAAAUCACACCAGCUGUGCUCCUGAAUGUGUAGCAAGUCCGAGUGACUGUGAUCUUGCAGUACAAGACUGGGACGAAAAUGUUUGCGCAUGCAGGUGCAGGUAUCCUGACGGACCACCCAAGGAACUCGCCUGUAAAGAAGGAUUUAGGUGGAAUAAUCAUAUAUGCGCAUGCGAAUGUAACCAAGCACCCAAGCACUGUCCAAUCAGAAUGACUUGGAGCAAAGACAUUUGCGGUUGCAAAUGUGAUAGCAGUGUCGUUAAUGACUGCACACAAAUGAAACUGGGGAUUGACGUUGACUGCCAGUGCGUGGAUGUGAAGGCGUUUCGCAGACAUAAAGAAGUUUACUCUCGGAACCGGAUGUUUAUAACACUCCUAAUAGGUCAAGGAGUCAUCAUCAUACUCCUCAUUUGUGCUCUGGUACACUGGGUACGAAAAAGAAACCAAAACAGCUCGGCUAACACCCCAAUCGACGGACCAGACUCGCACAAGACCGAUGAUGCCGUUAAUUCUCAAUACUUAAAGGUGGCUGUUGACUCUGCGUCUACAGAAUCCUUAGAAAUUGCGAAGGAAUCAAGUGACGACGACAGCUUCACAGCUCCUUUGUCCCCUGAAGUACGUGUUACGAACAUCUAAAAACCAUGCUUCAAUAUAACCAGUAUCUUGGGGACGAGAUGCCACAGAAGAAAUCAAAAGAGAAACAUUCACAGACAGACAAAAUGGAGAGUAAUGGUCCGUUCGACCCUAAAUUAACAAGGAAACUAUAGCAUAUACUUCGUUAAUGUCGAGAUGUAGCUGAUAGGCGACAGAUGUUCCGCCUCGCCCUAUUUGCGCAAGUACAGAGCUGAACUUAUAUGUAACUGACCUGAUUUGAAAAAGGCCUAACUCUGUGAUAAGAUCACCUACAAGAAAUGUUUUCUAUUAUCUUUAAUAGCCAAUAAUAUGAAGGCAGAUAGCAGUUGUCUGUUUCCUUUUCUAUGAAAAGAGAAGUUUGCUCUUAAAGAAUAUAUUUCAACAAUUAAUACAAAGUAACCCCCCCAAAUUGGAGGCAGAGUGAGUAGUGCUAAUAUCACGUUAUGUUUGUGUACCUCAGUGCUGAUAUAUUUACGAAUAUCUCUCUCUUUCUUAUUCCCCAUUCACAUCAGUAAAACGAGUUUACUUAAACCAGGUCUAACUGAAUGAAAAAACAGCAAUAGAGAACUGAAAAACUGAAUUUCCAUUGGAUGAAGUCAUCACUAACUUGUGUCUUCAAUUUGCUAAAUUGGAAGUCGACCAACAUCAGUUUAGGCUCUAUCCAUUGAGCUAACCUCCCGAUUAGCUCAAUGGAUAGAGCGCUGGACUGUUGUGCGGGAGGUCGAGGGU